CUAAUGGAAUAUUUAAAAAAACUACUGAAGCCUCAUCAGCUUGUAUCUGCUGUACUGUAUCCAGCCACAGUGUUUAUUGCCUUCUUAUAUGCUACCGUUGGCAAUCCACCAGAGACAUAUUUCAGCAACAAGAGAAAUGUCCUAAACCAGUUUUUUGUAAAAAUUGGUUGGUUCUGGGUGACCUUGGUUUACUUUGCAUACCUUUAUAAUGUAAGAUCGAAAAGACUUCAAAACACAAAUCAGUUUAUUCAAGGCACUAUUCGAUACGUUUUUGUCACUUUAUAUUGGUAUAUAAUGACCCAAUGGUUAUUUGGGCCCAGUUUCAUCGAUCGUGUUUAUGUACUGACCGGAGGUAAAUGCUCAAGUUUAGUACAAGACGACUUUAAGGCAUCUGCUCAAUUAGCCAAUGUAUUUCAACAACAAACUUGUCGACGUCUGGGAGGUCAAUGGGAAGGAGGACACGAUGUUUCGGGACACUGCGUAAUGUUAAUUCACGCAAGUUUGUUCUUUUGGGAGGAAUUAAGCUGGAUGUUUUAUAACUUUACUGCAUUUGUGGAAAUGAAGGUACGUGAUAGAGCUCAAUAUUGGUCUAUCGUCUCUGUUUUGGCCAUUGCCAGUAUUUGGUGGUUUAUGCUCUUUAUGACUGGCGUAUAUUUCCAUGGGCAUUUUGAAAUUUUGUCGGGUGCGAUAUUUGGUGUGUUAGGUUGGGCCACUUUGUAUUUGGGCGUUUUCCCCAAGAUUCCAGCUAUUGGCGUGCCAUCCAUAUACCUAUAAAUAAAGGGAAUUUUUACAUGUUUUUAGAAGCCACUGCAAAUCUAAAAGUCAUCCGAAUUAUGUAUAUUAUUUCGCAGU